AUGACCUCACUUCAUAACAACCCACCUCUCUCAUGCUUUGGCCGCGUCUGCCGACUGCCCGCAAACGCACUUGCCAUGCAAAUCCAUCCAAAGAGCCACCCUCACUUAAAAGCUGCCGCCAAGGCCACAGAGACACAUGCUCAACAGGAGAAAAGAACACGAGAGCGUUGUGGAAAUGACAACAUGCCCCACCUCAUUACUUGCCAGGCUUUAGCAUGUAAGAGCAGCUCACGCCAAAUGCUGUCAUGCGCAAAGGCUCUCUUGCCCCGCGGGCACUCACGGACCAGCAUAAAAGCCGGCCCUGCGACUCGCACCCUCACACAAUCCUCCCGACGCCUUCUCCCUCCAGGGACCCUCCACACCACAGACAUGUCCUGCUACGACAUCUGCCGCCCCUGCGGACCCACCCCGCUGGCUAACAGCUGCAACGAGCCCUGUGUCAGGCAGUGCGAGGACUCCCGCGUCGUCAUCCAGCCUCCUGCCGUGCUGGUCACCCUGCCAGGACCCAUCCUCAGCUCCUUCCCCCAGAACACCGCCGUUGGAUCCUCCGCAUCAGCUGCCGUGGGCAGCAACCUUAGCGCCCAGGGAGUGCCCAUCUCCUCCGGGGGAUUCGGAGGCUUUGGCCUUGGAGGCUUUGGCUUCGGAGGUCUUGGCUGCAUCAACGGCGGAAGAGCCUGCUACCCCUGCUAA